UAUUACUACUUAUUUAUUAUUCUGGAGAGAGAGAGAGACAGAAUCACUCUCUUGAGAAAGAGAAAAAGAGUGAGUGAAGAAGAAGAUUUCACCACACCAUCAUGGAUGAAGGAGAUGAUCUUAUUCCUCAUUUCCGAUCGGAUACACUGAAAAGCAUCAUCUUCUUCAUCACCAUUAACGUAAACAACUUUCUUUCACAAAUCUCAACUACCACUACUCUGUUUCCACUUCUCUAGCUCUCGGGAAAGGCAGUUAAAUAUUUCAUUGAACAAGGAGAGGUAACCAGUAAACACUCACCUUCAGAAGACUACAUUGGUGCAAAUAAACUGAAGUUAUCAUCUGUACCCAGUACAUAGGAUAGCGGGAUAGGGGCAAUAUGGAGUCUUGUGACUGUGUUGAAACACAAUGGGCUGAUGAACUACUGAUGAAAUAUCAGUAUUUGUCAGAUUUCUUUAUUGCGCUUGCAUACUUCUCCAUCCCAAUGGAACUCAUAUACUUUAUCCAUAGAUCCUCAUUCUUUCCUUAUAGAUGGGUUCUAAUGCAAUUUGGAGCUUUCAUUGUUCUAUGCGGAGCAACACACCUGAUAAACUUGUGGACUUACAAUACGCACUCCAAAACCCUGGCAAUCGUGAUGACGGUUGCAAAAGUGGCCUGUGCUGGUGUCUCAUGUGUUACAGCACUGAUGCUUGUUCACAUUAUUCCUGAUUUACUAAGUGUUAAGACAAGGGAGUUAUUUUUGAAGAAUAAGGCUGAAGAACUUGAUAGGGAGAUGGGCCUUAUACGUACGCAAGAAGAAACCGGAAGACAUGUAAGAAUGCUGACUCAUGAAAUUAGGAGCACCCUGGAUAGGCAUAAUAUAUUGAAGACCACCCUUGUUGAGCUUGGUAGGACACUAGACUUGGAAGAAUGUGCACUGUGGAUGCCAUCACGCAGUGGGUCAACUCUGCAACUUUCUCAUACCUUACGCCACCAAAUACCCGUUGGAUCCACAGUUCAAAUUAAUCUUCCAAUAGUCACUCAAAUCUUUAACAGCAAUGAAGCGAUACGGAUUCCUCACAACUCUCCAUUGGCAAGGAUAAGAACUACCAACGGAAGAUUUGCCCCCCCAGAGGUUGUUGCUGUGCGAGUUCCACUUUUGCAUCUCUCAAGUUUCCAAAUUGAUGAUUGGCCUGAGCACUCUGCCAAAAGCUAUGCGUAUGCCGUGAUGGUUUUGAUGCUCCCAACUGAUAGCGCAAGAAAGUGGCACACCAAUGAAUUGGAACUCGUAGAAGUUGUUGCCGAUCAGGUCGCUGUUGCUCUGUCACAUGCUGCGAUUCUCGAAGAGUCUAUGAGGGCGCGUGAUCUACUCAUGGAGCAGAAUGUUGCAUUAGAUUUAGCUCGACGAGAGGCAGAGAUGGCGAUCCGUGCUCGGAAUGAUUUCCUAGCUGUUAUGAACCAUGAAAUGCGAACACCAAUGCAGGCAAUUAUUGCCUUAUCCUCCCUACUUUUAGAAAUCGAAUCAAGUCCAGAGCAACGGGCGAUGGUAGAAACAGUCCUAAAGAGUAGUCAACUUUUGGAGACUCUUAUUAAUGAUGUUCUUGAGCUUUCAAGACUUGAAGAUGGAAGCCUUGAACUAGAUAAUGAGGUUUUCAAUCUUCAUGGAGUAUUCAGAGAGGUGAUAAGUUUGGUAAAGCCUGUCUCAACUGUGAAGAAGAUAGCAUUGACAUUGAUACUGUCCCCAGAUUUACCUGUAUUUGCUAUUGGUGAUGAGAAGCGAAUCAUGCAGACUUUCUUGAAUAUUCUGGGUAAUGCAGUGAGGUUCACUAAGGAAGGUUACGUUACUGCAGUAGCUUCAGUAGCUAAACCAGAAUCCCUCAGAGACUGGCGAGUCCCUGAGUUCUACCCAAUAUCAAUUGAUGGCCACUUCUACUUGCGUGUGCAGGUUAAAGAUUCUGGUAACGGGAUUACUCUGCAAGAUCUCCCACAUAUUUUUACUAAAUUUACUGAUUCUCGAAGUGGAACUAAUCGAAGUAAUGAAGGAGCUGGGCUAGGGUUGGCUCUCUGUAAAAGGUUUGUGAAUCUGAUGGAUGGUCACAUAUGGAUCGAAAGUGAGGGCAUAGACAAGGGUAGCACAGCUACGUUCAUCGUCAAACUUGGUGUCCAUGAUGAGAGGAGUGAAUUGUCAGGGAACCAAAGUCUGCCUAGAGCUAGACCAAUUUAAGGAGAGCGAAAUGAUCAGAUAAUAAAAAUUCUAGCAGUAUGGGGAAAUGAAAUCUUAAAAAUUCUAGCAGUAACCUACUUGUGUGGUUAAAUGAACCUCACCCAGUUUCUUGCGUAGAUUUUACCUCAAAAGUCCUGAUGUAAAAUGGACUCCUCAACGUGGCAUUCAUUAAAUUUAUAGCAACUUACCUUUGCCAAGUUAUGUUAUUUUUCCUUUACUUUCGAGGAAAAGAGCAGUAGACAAAGUGGCUGUCACAUUUCCGGCCUUCCUGCA